AAACAGGAAAGCGAGGAGCAGUUGACGUCCUUCAAGAAAAAUUGUCUCCCGUGCCCAUCGGUAGUGAAACCCUAGAAUCGAAUCGAAUUCGGGGCGAGGGGGCGGCGGCGGAGGCGAAAAGGAAAUCUAGGAGGAGGCGAAGGAAGAAGAGGCAAUCAUGUCCCUCCGGCGGUCCGUCGGUUUCAUCCUCACACGGAUGUUCUCGCCAAGCGCGACCCCAAGGACGGCUCCUGCACGCUCUCUCCACUCCUUGAGGGAUCUCCCCAUCGCCGAUGGCCUUCCUGGUGCUGCUGGCGUGGCCGUGGCUGCGUUGGCUGGUGGUGGAACGUUGGCAGUUCAGUAUUUCAGGAAAGGCCCAGAUGAUGAUGAGUCAGCUGCUCGCAAGAAGGAGGAGGACAUGUAUGCGAGGUUCCAGGAUUGGGCGAAGAAGAAUAACAAGACAUACAGAGACGAAGGGGAGAAGGCUGCGCGGUUCCAAGUGUUCAAGCAGACCGUUGAGUGGAUCGAAUCGCAGCCCCCAUCUGCCCAGGUGGGGUUGCUUCCAAGGAUAAGCUACUUCGCGGACUUCACAGUUAAGGAGCGCGAAAGGAUGACGCUCGGUCAUCACGUAGAGAACAGCAAAGAGUUCCAAGAGGACAUGAAGGAAUUCUGGGCCAAACAAGAGAAAGGAGAGUUAUUGUCACGGAGGAAGCCAGCCAUGAAGCAGGGCGACAUGAGGCCAAAAGUCUCUGCCUAGAAUGGUGUCUCGUUGGUGCAAGUCAAGUGGUGAUGGUGUAGUCAAAAUUAAAUAACUCGGGCACCCCUUUAAGCUUGGUGAUGUGUUAAUCAGAACAGGGUGUGGCUGGUGUAGUUAAAAUUAAGUAGCUUGGACUUUACGUCGGGGCGGCGGCUCCGGAUGUUGGUGUGGCGGCCGUGGUCUGCGGGCGGUUUUGUCGGGCAGCUUGGGCUGCGGACUGCCGGGUCGCGUGGCGUCGCAGCUCGAUCGCGAGCGGUGGUACGUCGGGAUGGUGGUCCCGGAAGGUAGUGUUGGUGGUCUGCGCUGGGCGUGCGGAGCGGCUGGAUGUCGGGGCGGCGGCCCCGAAAGUUUGGCAGUGUUGUGGGCAUCGAUCUUGUGUCGUGUGGGCGAGAAGGUCGCUUUGGCGGCAGUUCUCCUAGAGGUUUGGCUUCUUCACCUUGCUGGAGCGUCCUAUGCCUGCUCCUCCCAUAGCAGUCAUGUCGUCUUCUCUCCGACACGGGUGGGAGGCUAGCUGGUCUCGGCGUGUGCGUCGUCCGUUGUAUCUUCGAUGUGUUGGGCCCUUGUGUGCCAGGGGUUGGCUGGGUUUAACCCAAGUUGUAUCGGUUUUCGUCCGGUUUUCCGUUAAUUAACUAGACAUCUUUCUUCUUAAUUAAUGGAUAGGCAAAGCUUUUGCCUCGUUUCAAAAAAAAAGUUUGCUAUUAUAUUAAUCUGAACCAUGUGUGGAUGGUGUAGUUAAAAUUAUGUAGCUUGGGUAAGUUUGUUGCUAUGUUAAUCUGAACCAUGUAUGACUAAUAUUGUGUGCCCGUUAUGUCACUGCGAUUGUUGGUUCCAGUAUUUUUA